UUACUACAACUGGUUCGUUCAUCAGUGUCAUGAGAAACGAUAAGGUUCUUUCGAGAAGAUUGAUUUUUCAUCUCUCUCUCUCUCUCUCUCGACCACACGCACCCACCCACGAAGAAAUUCACGCGACGGUGGUUAAUGAUCACAGAGGCCAGUCUAUCCCUCACGCCAUUGAUUCUCCUGCUUAAGCUCUGCAACUCCAAUUGCAAAUCAGAGAGAGAUGAGUGAUUGUUGUACAAGACCCACAAAUGCUCAAGCUGAAUCCAGAGAAGAUGAGAGCAAAGAAAGUCGGAUAUGCGAUUUCUGCGGCGAGUGCAUUGCUUUGCUCUACUGCAGAGCCGACUCGGCGAAGCUCUGCUUCUCCUGCGACCGGGAAGUCCACUCCACGAACCCGCUCUUCACCAAGCACACUCGCUCGCAGCUCUGCGACUCGUGCGAUUCGAAGCCCGCCACGAUCCUCUGCGCCACGGAGAACUCGGCGCUCUGCCAGAAUUGCGACUGGGAGAGGCACGCCCAGUCUCUGUCGUCGCUGCACGAGCGGAGGCCUCUCGAGGGCUUCACCGGGUGCCCUUCCGUGACCGAGUUGCUGGGUUUUGUAGGGUUUGAAGAUGUCGGCAAGAAAGCCCUGACUGGAGUCGGCGCCGGCGCCGGCGCCGGCGAUGAUUUGUUGGAUUUGUUGGUCUGGGACACUCCCUCCAUUGUCACGCUCGAUGAUUUGAUUGUUUCGAAUAGCUCGGAACAUUGUUUUCAGGCUAUGGGGGUUCCUCCUCUUCCCAAGAACCAUAAAGUUGCUUGUGGGAAAUACAAGGAAGAAAUACUGGCUCAGCUUCGUGAAAUGGCAAAGUCAGAUCCAAACUUAAAUGAUGGAGAUGGGUACAUGGAAUCCCUCAUGUGGUUCCAAUCCCCGGCACCAGAACAAGACCUCCAGCCUAGAAAUAUAUAUCCUGGCUUUGAACAUGAAACAAAGCUAAACACAUCUCCUACUUAUGAGGCUGGUGCAUUUUGGUCUGACGAGAAUGCUGAGCUUCCAACAGAUCUUCCCUCCAAGCUAUUCGGAAGCUGCAUUGAGGAAAAUUGGUUGGUUCCCGACAAAGAUUCAGACAUCGGUGGCAGUGCAAAUCAUGCCAACUGCAGUCAUGAAUGUUAUCAUGUUUGUACUGAAACCUCAGAAGCCCCUCCUAAAUUUGCUGCAAGGGAGUUAACAAGCCAGGAGAGAGAAUCUGCGAUUUCACGGUAUAAGGAGAAGAAGAAAACCAGGAGGUACGACAAGCACAUCAGGUACGAAUCGAGGAGGAUCCGGGCUGAAAACAGAACAAGAAUAAAAGGCCGUUUUGCUAAGAUGGGAUAUUGAAAACACUUAUAUAUACACAUAAUGAGAAUGGCAUUUGUAUGAGUAGCCAUUUUGUGUUGUUUAGGAAAGCAAAAAUAGCUAUGCUUUUGUGUUCUUUGGCUUUCUUGAUCAAGGACCAAAUGUAAACCUGGUGAUGCCCAGCAUUUCGUUUUGUAGUAUUAGUGACAUAUAAUGUAGCUAGGUUAUCUAUGAUGUGGUAUAUUAAACUUCUGUUUUGUAGAUCUUGCUACAAGUUCAAUAAAAUUAUAAGAUGCAAUAUCAGUGUA